AUGGCAAUAUUGAAUGUCUUAUUCGUCGACUCAUAUGACUCUUUUACUUAUAAUUUGGUAAGGUUAAUUGAGCAACAACAGAUCGAGGACGGACCUGAUGAGGAGAUCUCGACGCAUGUGACUACCAUCCAUAACGAUACGUUCAAGACUAAGGAUCAAUUACGAGAUUACUUGAAAUAUUUUGACUGUGUGGUGGUAGGUCCUGGACCGGGAAAUCCCGUGAAUGGGUCCCAGGACGUAGGAAUAAUAUCAUCUCUGUUCGAAGACAAUGAGUUUAAAGAUAUUCCUAUUCUUGGUGUCUGUCUAGGAUUUCAAGCUCUAUGCUAUUCUCAAGGUGCAUUAGUGUCUGAAUUGAAUACGAUAAAACAUGGUCAGGUUUAUGAAAUGACGGUGGAACGAAAGGAGGGUCUAUUUAAAGGAUAUCCAGAAGUAUUCAACUCCGUUAGAUAUCAUUCGUUGCAUGUAAGUGAUCCACCUUCUUCUGUUAUUCCAUUGGCAUACACUAACGAUGAAAAUGGGAGAUUAUUGAUGGCGGCUCGCAUUCAAAAUACACCAUGGUAUGGUGUACAAUACCACCCAGAAUCAUGUUGUUCAGAUAGUGGUGCGCUACUCAUUCAGAAUUUUCUAAGUUUGGCACAGGAAAGUAACAUGACUACAGGACGUUUGAUUAAGAAAAUAGAGCUCAAGGAAAUAGACCCAAUUCGAUUUGAUUCCAUUUUAUCCAAUCUUGAAAAUAAAAUUGAUCAUAGUUGUAUCUACGACAAACAAAAUGUUAUACAAGCAAAAAAAUUGAUACCCAAGAUACAAAAAUUUGAAGUGGGGCAUAACGCUGAUUUCACUUUGAAAUUAUGUGACAAGAUUGAUGCUCAUAAAUUUAUAAUGGCUUCAUCCUCGAUCUCUCCUAAUCGUGGGGAAUGGUCCAUUAUAACUUUGCCAUCAGAUAGCUCUAGCGUAUUUACACAUUAUAAUGACCUUCAAAAAACAACGAUUCAUAAAUGGAGGGAUCCACUUUUGAAUGUUGAAACCCUGAGAACUGGUUUAGAGACUUUACAACCCUUUGCUGAUCCUGUACUAAAAAUUGUGAAUGAAGAGAAAUCUGAAUUUUGGAAUAGAUUAGGGGAAUUUAUGAAACCAUACUUGAUUGAAGAAUAUCCUGAGCUUCCAUUUAUCGGUGGUUUAGUCGGUAUAUUUGGAUAUGAGAUGGGGUUAUAUGUAACCACAAACAGAUUAUCAAAUGACAUGGGAAAUAUACCGGAUUCCAAGCUGGUAUUUAUUGAAAACAGCAUUUUGAUAAAUCAUCAAAAAGGUGUCCUUUACACUGUAUCAUUAAAUAAUACGUUCCCUGAAGAAAUAUUAUCAUUGCUGGGCGACAAUGACAAAAUGGAAAACUUAGAGAAUUCUACUCUUCCCUGGAGUAAAACUCUUCCAAAUGAUGUCAAUUUUGAGAUUGUAAUGCCUGAGAAGAAGGACUAUACGACUGCGUUUUACAAAUGUCAGGAAUAUAUGCAUAAGGGAGAUUCAUAUGAAAUUUGUCUCACUACACAAACCAAAGUCACACCUGACAAAAAAAUAGAGCCAUGGAGGAUCUUCCAAACUUUAGUACAGAGAAACCCUGCACCAUUUUCCAGUUAUUUUGAAUUCGAUGAUAUCAUCGGUGGAACAAACGUGCUUAGCUUAUUGAGCACAUCUCCAGAAAGGUUCUUGAAAUGGGAUCGGGAUACUUGUGAAUUACGUCCCAUCAAGGGAACCGUAAGGAAAAGUGAAACAAUGACUGUAGAGAAGGCCACUGAAAUAUUAAAGACCCCCAAAGAAUUUGGAGAAAAUUUAAUGAUUCUUGACUUAAUUAGAAAUGAUCUCUAUGAAUUGAUUCCCGAUGUUCAUGUGAAGGAAUUCAUGUCUGUGGAGGAAUAUGCCACCGUUUACCAAUUAGUCAGUGUCAUUAAAGCAUAUGGUAUUUCAUCCAGCAAAUAUUCGGGAAUGGACAUCUUGAAGCAUUCAUUACCACCUGGUUCCAUGACGGGUGCUCCCAAGAAGAUAACUGUGGAGCUGUUGCAAGAAGAAAUUGAGAAAGAUCUAAACAAGCAUGUCUACAACAGCAAUAGGGGGAUAUAUAGUGGUGUCUCAGGUUACUGGUCUGCAAAUGGGAAUGGUGAUUGGUCUGUUAAUAUACGUUGCAUGUACUCCUACAAUAGUGGAUCAUCGUGGCAAUUAGGGGCUGGUGGUGCUAUAACUGUACUCAGCACUCUAGAGGGCGAACUGGAUGAGAUGUACACCAAAUUGGAAAGCGCAUUACAAGUCUUUGCCAAGUGA